ACUGAGCGCUGGUUGGCUGCAGAUAGGGGCGUGCUUCGCAGAGGAAAGAUGGCGGCGGUGACCAGAGGCUCCUUCAGUGUGUUCAGACGUCUGCUCAGCCAGCAGUACCGGCGCCGAUGUUUCCGGCUGCAGAACUUCAGGUCCGACAGAACCCUGCUGACCUGCAGAUGGGACAGAAACCUCCAGAUCUCCAGGACGCUCCAGACCACCAGCGCGUCUCUGGGACCUAUCGUCCAGUUCAAACUGUCCGACAUCGGAGAGGGGAUCAUGGAGGUGACGGUGAAGGAGUGGUAUGUGAAGGAGGGGGACCGGGUGUCCCAGUUCGACAGCAUCUGUGAGGUGCAGAGCGACAAGGCGUCGGUGACCAUCACCAGCCGCUACGACGGCGUCAUCAGGAAGCUCUACUACGACGCCGAGGCCACCGCGCUGGUCGGAAAACCGCUGGUAGACAUCGAGACGGAGUCUGGCUCAGAGGUGAUCCAGGAGGAGGACGUGGUGGAGACGCCCGCCAUGGCCCACGAGGAGCACACGCACCAGGAGAUCAAAGGCCACAAGACGCAGGCCACGCCCGCCGUCCGCCGCCUCGCUAUGGAGAACAACAUAAAGCUCAGUGAGGUGGUGGGGACGGGGAAGGACGGACGCAUCCUGAAGGAGGACAUCCUCAACUUCCUGGCCAAGCAGACCGGAGCCAUCCUGCCCCCGACCCCGGUCCACGAGAUCCAGACUCCGGGUCCGGUCCCCGCCGCCACUCCUGCUGCCAGGCCCGUCAGCACUGCGGCAGCAGCCAAAGCUCCGCCCAUCGUCUCCAAACCCGUCUUCACUGGGAAGGAUGUGACGGAGCCCCUCAAAGGUUUCCACAAAGCGAUGGUGAAGACGAUGACGGCGGCGCUGAAGAUCCCGCACUUCGGUUACUGUGACGAGGUGGACCUGACCCGCCUGGUGGUUCUGAGGUCCGAACUGAAGCCGGUCGCUGAGAGCCGCGGCGUCAAACUCAGCUUCAUGCCCUUCUUCAUCAAGGCUGCCUCCUUGGGUCUCCUCCACUUCCCGAUCCUGAACGCCUCGCUGGACGAAGGAUGCCAGAACAUCACCUACAAGGUGUCCCACAACAUCGGCCUGGCGAUGGACACGUCUCAAGGUCUUCUGGUCCCCAACGUGAAGAACGUCCAGCUGCUCAGCGUCUUCCAGAUCGCUCAGGAGCUGAACCGUCUGCAGGCGCUGGGAUCCGCCGGCCAGCUGGGCACCACCGAGCUGAGCGGCGGAUCCUUCACGCUGUCCAACAUCGGAUCGAUCGGAGGGACUUACGCCAAACCGGUCAUCCUUCCUCCCGAGGUCGCCAUUGGAGCGCUGGGAAAGAUCCAGGUUUUGCCGCGGUUCGACUCCGAUGGUCAGGUGACUCGAGCUCACAUCAUGAACGUCAGCUGGUCAGCGGACCAUCGCAUCAUCGAUGGGGCCACCAUGUGUCGCUUCUCCAACCUCUGGAGGGAGUACCUGGAGAACCCGGCCAGCAUGGUUCUGGACCUGAAGUAGACCAACCAUCGGCCCCCCCGCCCUCCGCCACUCACCCCCCUUCACUUCCUGUUUCUUUUCACUCCGUCACUUUCUUGAUGCCUUUAAGCUGGGGGUGGGGGUUAUCCUGUCACUCACCAUGUUACCAUGACGACUAGACGUCCUGCAGCAGGCUAGUUUAAAUAGUUCAGUUCAUCACCAUAACGUUGUCAUGGAAACAGUACCUGGUCACCACACAUCCUUCUGGGUCUCCAAGGACACACAAAGAUGGCUGAACCAGAUCCUGAACUAUAACCAGAACCAUAAAUGGAGCCAGUGUCUGAACUUGAACCAGUAUCUGAGCCAGAACCAGUACUAGAACCUGAAUGAAAACCAGAAGCUGAACUUGAAGCAGAAGCUGAGCCAGAAAUUAUUGAUUGGACUCUGACUGAUCACAUGGUCCAACUGAAGGGAACCUCUGGACCGGUGUCACCCCAGUGUGGACCUGUAAGGAUCAGAAGCUCCGCAUUGGAAGCUGGACUGAAGUUCUGCUCACACCUGCGAUGAAACCAGAACCGUAAACAUACGGUUUUAUUGACCACGGUGGUUCUGAGCUGAUCCAGUCAGAGACUUGACGGUGGUUCUGGUGAGCUUGGAUCUGAGCUCGGUUCUCGGUUCAGCUCGAGGUUCCACCUGCUGACACAAAUGAUCAAUGAAAA